CAAUUUCCUCCCAAAAUCCCAAUUUCAAAGCUCUACGAAAUCCCCUUUUAAAAUUAAAAUUUAACCCCAGACGUGCCAUCACAUCCAAUUCAUCAAAGAAGUAGAGUAAAAGCGAAAGUCACGUGCGUAAAAAUGGCGGCCUUAUCGCCAGCCUCGACGAAAAGCGCCACGGAAACAACCACGAGGACAAGUACGACGGCUACAGCUGCUGCUGCGGCGGCGACGCCUCCUCCUCCUAUUCCGCCUUUUCAGCGCAUGGACAAUCCGCCUAAGACACAGCGUGGGCUUAAUAAGCCCAAAUGUAUUCAGUGUGGCAAUGUUGCCCGCUCCAGGUGCCCGUAUCGUUCGUGCAAGAGUUGUUGCUCAAAAGCACAAAAUCCAUGCCAUAUUCACGUUUUAAAGUCAAAUUCAGCUUUUCCAGAGAAGACACCAACUUCAAGCACUCCUUCAUCAGACCAGAAGUCAACUCAGGCUUCUUCUCAAGCGACUCCCUUAAGGGUUCCCUCAUUUAAGCAACUUUCCAAUGCUUUUGCACAAUUUGACAAUCUGCAGGUCCGCUCAAAGAAACACCUGACAAUAAAGGAUGCUGUAGCCUUAAAUGAAUGGAGGUUUUCCAAGUUGAAGGAAUUCAAGGACAGAAAUAUUGAAAUUGAAAAUGAUGCUUUUGACCGGUACAUGCAGAAUAUUAGUUUACUUGAGGAAGUCUUUUCUCCAAAAUCUAUACAUGAAGGGUCCGAUGGGGAUGAAGUGUCCAAUGAGGGUGAAGGGUCUAAGCCUAGCCCCAUUGCAAAGGAAGAUGAGUUUUUGAUGAUGACUUCGGGUCUUAAGUUGAAACUAAGGUUGGACCCAGUGAGAACCGAUAACUGCAGAAAAAGGAUACAACAAAUUGUUGAUCAGGGAAUAAAAAAGCUGCGGACAAGUGAAACAAAUGACGGUGCUAAUGAUCCAGAUGACCAAAAUAAACAGGAUAGUAGGUUGAACAAGGUAAAAAGCUUGUGCGUUGAGAGAGCUUCAGUUUUAAGUGAUCUUGUUGACAAGUUGAACAAAGCUCGAAACGAAGACGAUCUAAAAUCUUGUUUGGAGAUGAAAGCACAGCUUUAUAAUCAGAGCACAAUGUCUACUGAGACAGAAAUUAAAGAUCCUGAAGCAUUGAACGAGCAGAGUGCAGACAGAGACGUAACUCCCGGUAAAAUACCACAUCAUCCAUUGCCAAAAUUGUUUACAUCAAUUGAAAUUGAUCAAGAAACACUCAACAAAGUUGAUGUACAUUUCUCUUCCCUAGAGCAGAUUGAAGACUUAUAACUGUAAGCGGGAUUAUUCACUCAAAGACUGACUAGUCUUAGUUUGAGCAAUGAUUAAUGGUGAUGUUUUGAAAUUGCCCUCCUUUUUUGGCUGAUUAACAGUUGCUUAAAUUUAUUGUUGUAAUUUAGUCCAUGCUUAGCAGCUUAGUGGAGAAAUUAGUGUUGUUGAUAUUGCAGUUACAAUAGCGUGAUCAAUUUGAAUGUAACAUUAGAAAUUUA